GGACUUAACCGCCGACGGCGAUACGGUAUUAUUUACAUGAAUGAUUACAAGCUUAAGGAAAUCAUUUGUUCUCCCUUCCUUCAAGUUAAUCUGGACCAUGAUCGUUGACAAGUCUAAAGAACCAGAGGAUGCCCCACCUGCAUAUGCAGCCAUUAACAGUGGCUCCAGUGGGAGUACCUCCUUUAACGACAACAAAUUACCUCAUUCACCAUUGCCUGUUUCCGAGCCUAUCUCUCCUACACCAUCAUCCUUUUCUUCCAAGGGAAAAGGGAAAGUUCCUGCAGUCAGCAGCUGGUGGAGUUUUGGCACAUCACAAACAGCGCGAGAGAUACGAACAACUGUUCUAGGUAUCGUACGUGAUCUGGUAAAGGUGAAAAGCGGAAAUGCUGUUGCCGCACAAAGUAUCCUUGAAAGCUGCGCUGAAGCCUGCUCAGGGUAUUCAUUGUCCCUUUCAUCGUUGCUACAGGAGAAGUCAAUUGAAUCCCAUACCCCACUGUACUGGGCGAUUAUCAAUAGACCGCCUGACAAGAGCGACGACGCAAUAAAUGGCACUUCUGACUUGCUUACAACUUUGCUGUCUUACACAGCUCCUCUUUCGCCUGAUAUCCUUGUGGAAGUUCGACAAGCAUGUUUGAUAACUGACGACCAGCUAUUGUUCCAGCGGCUGCGUCUUUCUCCAGAGUUUGCUUCACUUUCAGGGACGGAUGAAAUGCUCCUUGGAGAGGUAAUGAUACCUGACGAUGUGACUGUGAAGAACAUGCUGGGGGAUGAUGGAGCUUUUGCCGUUGACUUUCGCAUACCACACUUUCAGAAGAGAAUGAGGGUGUCGAAUGAAGUAGGUGUGGAAUUUAUUGCUCGAGGUCGUUUAUGGCGUCUUGCUCUCGUUGUGGCUAGCAAACGACGAAGCAGGCACGGCGGACCUUCACCAGGAUCAUGGUGUAUUGUUCUUUCACUAAUGGAAAAUAGUUCACCAACGUGGGUAGACUCACGCUUGAUCAUCCCGGAUGUAUCGUCCAAGGUCAAAGCACCAGAAGUAGAUCUUUCAGAGGAGCCGGUUUUCACCAGUCCUCCAUCUACGUUCUCUGGUAUUUUAGGUGACCGUGCAAAGAAAGCUGCUAUCAUUAUCAGAAUGCAGUCUAAGCUUGAACUAUGCCCAUCUGCAAAUCGUCCUCAUCACAACCGUCAAACAGAGAUCGUUGUCCCAUUGGAUAGUGUCCCUCUAGCAUCUAGUAUACAACAUGCUGGAAGUUCUUACAUUGGCGCCGAUGAAUCCCUUUCGGGAAAGUUAGAGGCACGGUUGAAGAAGCCUCAGGGUGACGCGGAAUGUAUCAUCUGUUGACCGCAUGCUAUGUAUAACUGUUAAUCCGAAUUUAAUCGCAAUAUGGUAGAUAAUGGCGGGAUGAUGGUCAAACUGAACGGCGACGACGGUUGUGUC